AUGGAUAUUGAGCUCUUGGAAUACUCUGGUUCUCUCGCAGCUACCGACCUGAUGACAGCAUCUUGCAAUCCGAUAUGGCCUUCCGAGCUUAACCCUCAGAAAUAUCCUGAGCAACAGAGCGGUUACUUGGGGGUUGCAAUAUCUGACUCGAGUGAGAGCCCAGCAGCGAUUGAAUUUGUGAUGCACGACCCAAUGGCCAGCGAGCGGGCCAAGCAGAGAACCAAAACAACCAAGUCGGAACCAAAGACGCCAUCAAAUGAGCAAUCAAAUGAGCACUGGGAUAUGCUCAAGGAAACCCAUCUGCGUCGACUCUACAUGGAGGAAGGCCAUACGGUGAACGAAGUUCUAUUUGAGAUGCUCGUCAUUCAUGGGCACGAACUUGGUAAACCGACAUUGGAAAGAAAUUUCAGGCUUUGGGGAUUCUCCAAGAACAGGUCUAAGCGCAAAGAUUUACAAAAUUCCGUCGGGCGACGUCGGCGUAUCGCGUACGCCUUGCCAGCUACCGCCUCCACGAUCAAACACCUCAAGUUUGCUUCAAUGAACGAAGCAAGACGAAGGCUGGACAGACAAAGGCCGCACUUUGGACUUGCAACAACAUACGUUCAGCAGGAGAAGAUGUUCCACGCCGUUGAUCAUCUCGUGAAAGGGCUUUUCGCUUCUGGCAAGCGGAGCUGGAAAGCAGUGAACCCUCGAAUAUAUUAG